CCACACGCGCCAACCAAACGUGAUGUCUUCUUGCUUGUUGUUUUGUUGCUUGCUUCUUGCAUUGCACCACUGACAACACCAACCACAACAAAACAAGUGCACACACACACACACACACAUGCAACGCACACAUCACCUUUCCCGACCCAAGCAAACACAACUUCCCUCGCCGCCCAGUUUUGCCUCGGACUCCCCAAGCACAGGACGGACACACGUAUCGCUCGCAGCAGACACAUGCAUCGUCAAUGACCGCACGCAGGCACUCACGCACACUCAUUCACACAAUACACAGCCCACCUUCGCCGUCAUUGAACGUGAACCAACCACUCCCCCACAUUCAUUUUCUCCACCACAUCCUGGAACCAGCAACAGCCAAGCAAGCAAGCAAAGCCACACCAAAAGCACAAACCCGCUCCCCUCUCAAUAUCAUCGCCUUUGCCUACCAUUUGCUCCUGAACACGCGCACACCAAAGCCAAACAGCUCAAUCAGCGACCCCAGCCAUCACCGCCAUGGCUCGCAGGACCCUCUCCCUCACCAUCCCCACGCUGGACCGCCGUGCCAGCGACGCCGCCCCAGAUCAGCCCCCGGCCAUCUACACCACGACGACGACGACAACCACACACGCCAGCACCAUGAGCUCAGACUCGGCCUCGAGCCACAAGCAUGCGGCGUCACACACGCACAAGCCCAUGCAACACACCACCAGCAGCAGCACCAGCAGCGGCCUGGCCAUGCGCCGUGGACACACCACCGCAUCGCUCUCCCUCUCCCUGCCAACACCCGAUGUCCACAACGACGAGGACACCACAGAGGAGUGCUUCACCCCAGAGAGCCUGGACGCGCUCUUCGAGGCCGCCACCAUCUCCAACCUCACCUCCCCGACCGUGUCCGAUGUCAGCGACGUGAGCGACAUUUGCGACAGCGCCGUCGCCACGCCAACCCACACCGGCGCCGCCACGGCCACCGACGACGACGUGGAGAUGGAGCUCGAGCACAGGUUCCUGCACAUCGCGCCGCCGCUCGCGCCACCGCCUCGCAGAACCGCCGCAGCCAUGCCGCAGCGCCGUGCGCACACCCCGACCCGGGCCACCUCCGGCACGCAAUCGCCCGUCUUCGGCCGCCGCCGCAGCGCCUCCGAUCCGCGCGUCCUGGAGCGCCUGCUCAUGGCAUCGCCGCCAAGCCCACGCCUGGACCGCAGCAGGAAGCGCCCACACAAGCCCGCGGCGCUCAGACACAAGCAGCCAGCGUCCGUCCUCUCCUUCGCGUGCACACACCAACACCACCUCUCCUAACAAGCACCACUCGCCUUUGUGAUGUUAUUUCCCCUCUUGUGUGCACGCCUAUGGCGCUCUCUUUAACUUAUUCGGGCGGUCUCCUUGCUCAUGAUGUGAAGGUGAUGCUUUUGGUUUUGCUUGCGGUGUCGUAAGCGACGAACCUCUUCUUCUUCCUCCUCCUCCUCUUCUUCCUCUUCCCUUCCUUCAUAAGCAUCCUCGACUCGCUUCUCUGCUUGGUGCCUUACUUUCUGGUUUUCUUUAUUCGUAGUUGUGACACGAUGUGACCAUCAUGCAUGGUGGUAUUCGAGCAAUACAUGCACACAUC